AUGGCGGAAAUAGCAAGAGAUACGUUACCUUCUGGUUUUGAUGAGCAAUUUUUGAAUGAGGUUGAAGCCAAACUGAUUUGUUCGAUAUGUCAUUUAACGUUAAAAGACCCAGUUCUCACAAGAUGUGGACACAGAUUCUGUAAGGGAUGCCUCGACGAGCAUUUCAGAAGGCAAGAAAUUGAAGGCCGAAGUCUAACUUGUCCUGCGGACAGAGACGCUUUGGACAAAGAGCGGGACGUCUUUCCAGAUAAAGCAACAGAAAGGGAGAUUCUCUCCUUCUUUAUCAAGUGUUCAAGUGAUGAAUGUGAAUGGACUGGGGAGCUGAGAGACAAAGAGGUUCACAUGGAGUCCUGUCGUUUCAGGUUUGUAAGUUGCACAAACGAAAAGUGUCAAUUAAAGGUGCGAAGAAAAGAUCUCGAGAUGCACCUGGCAUUCGCGUGUCAGUGGAGGAUCAUUAACUGUGAACAUUGUGGAGAGCCACACCCAAACGACAACAUGCAGGCUCAUUUUGAACAGUGCAGGAAGUUCUCAGUAAGUUGUCCCAACAGCUGCGGAGAAUCAUUUCCCAGAGAAAUGAUUGAGAAUCAUAUCAAAGACGAAUGCCCUCUAACAGAACUCCCAUGCCCUUAUGCACAGAUUGGCUGUGAAAACAAGGCUCAACGAAGGAAUUUGGAUGGUCAUCUUAAAGACACCUCGACUCAUCUUGAUUUAGCAUGUGCCAAGUUACGCGACAAUGAAGUUAAAUUAGUCGACACUCAAAGCCAAUUGCACAAGACGCAACUAAAGUUGAAUAUUAUGGAGAACAAAUUAACAGAAGCAGUAAAUAAGUUAAAUUACACUGAAGUGGAGUUAAAGGAAACAAAGGAGACAACAAUAAAGCUGUUGGAGAAACUGGAGACCCUUAAGUUACAGUUUGAUGGGAAAGCAAUGAAGGCUCAAGAACAGGCAGAAACAGGACAAAAAGGGAAAUUUCUAUGGAAGGUAUCGAACUUCAGCGAAAGGUUAUGGGAAGCAAGGACUGGAGUAAACGAAAGAAUUGCCAGUUCUCCAUUUCACGCAGGCGCUUUUGGCUACAGAUUAAAAGCAAAGAUGAAUCCUAAUGGCUUUAAAGAUGGGAAGAACACUCACCUGUCUGUGUAUGUUGCUGUAAUGAAAGGUGAAUAUGACGCCAUAUUAUCUUGGCCCUUUCAGAAGAAGAUAAAAUUCACAUUGAUUGAUCAACAAGAAGACCCAGAGAAACGAAUGAACGUUACUGCGCGAUCUACUCCACGACAACCCAACCCUGGUCACUUUUCAAGGCCUGUAUCAGACGAAAACCGUACAUGGGGCUUUCAUAAAUUUAUAACUCACGAGGUACUCUUUUCAAGGCAGUACCUUGUGGAUGACACCCUGUUCCUUCAGGUCGAAGUUGGUGGAGAUUAAUGAUAUUCAGACGUUAUUUCAAUUGUAUUGGAGUCAACAACAAAUGUCGAUAAAAUAAUGCUUGGUAUCCUUUUGGUUUGCAAUGCACCUGGGAAAGAUUGAGACAUUUAUUUUACCAAAGGUAAAAUUAAUAAAUGAAGUAUCUAGAGGAAGUAUCUCGAGAAAACAGAAAAUUAGUUGUAACCCUAUAUUAACAAGGCAUCGAUAAUUUUAAUUUGAAAUACAUGUUUCAAUCUGACAACCAUCCUCGUCAAUUACCUUGAGUUUUUUGAAAACUGCCAUGACUCGUAACAGCCCAGGGAAACAUUGACAGGUGAAUGAAAUUAAAAAAAAACUGAUAUCAAAUAAUGAUUGUGUUAAAAAUAACAAUUCCCUACUUAAGGAGAAAAAUCGAUACGAUAACCGUCUUGAUUUAAAUUGUUUUGUCUGCAGUUUAGGUGUAUCGGCCUCCGCUGGUAAUAAUUGUACAAGCUGACGUCUCACCAAGAGACAAAAUUGAGGAUUUCAAAGCAAUAUGUAGAAAAAGAUUUGUAGCGAGGUCCUGAGCUUUGCUUAUCUUAAAGGAUAUAUAUCAGAAGAAUUCGCUGAAGUUUUUAUUUUUCCUAACACGAGUAGAUUUAGCGAGAAAUACAACAUACACAACUGAUUUUAUAGAUAAAAGGAGCUUUGUUGGAACAAGAUUCUUCACCUGAACUGGAUGAGCUUUGCUUACAGACCAUUGAAACAAAUGAAAACAGUUACGUUCAAAACAGAAAGUAAACAACUACCAAAGCACAUUUGCAAAAUAUUUGUCGGUACAUGAGUGCUCUCACUUGGUUUGUAAAAAGUCCGUCAGACAAGGCUAAGCAGGCCAUUAGUUUAAAUGAUUUUUACGCAAUAAUUAAUGAUCACAUUUAUAGUGCUAUUUUAUUAAUCGUAUAAGCGUAGAUGAUUUUCUUGUGGCAAAAGUUCUUAGCAUAGAAUUCAUUAUCAGGUCAAUGUCGUUUUGAUGCCCUCUAGAAAAAAAACAAGUAAACAAACAAACAAAUACCAACAGACAAACUCCUCGUAACUGUAUACAUCAAAGAGCUGUGAAAUUUUGCAUAAAUUGUUUAUUAAAUUUGUUACUGUAACCAACUCCAUCGUAUUAGAAAGUAUUGUCUUUCUUAGAAAUAAAAAUAAAUAUUAGAGGGCACUCUUUGUUUAUCUUGUUUAUUGUAAGAAUCAGCAUGUCAUAUAGUUGAUUUUAGGGUAUUCCGGUUAGUGCGUGAAAACUAGCAUAAAGUGAUUAUGGCUGCAAAAAAAGACGAUAACAACCCUUUCAUUAAGGUGAAGAUAGAAAUCAAGUUUGCCAAACCUUGUGAACUUAUAGGUGUUAAUGCUAUUUAAAAUUAGAAACUAUGAAAUUUAUGUUGUUACAAUAUGUGUAUCGAUAUUUGUGUAACAAACUGCGAUUGUAUUAUUGCAUUAGUCCGCUGGCGUAGCUGAAAUUUGUUUUUGAUUGUAACUCAACGAGGGAUAAAAUACAAUAAUAAAGUGCUU